CUGCUCGUGUUUUGUUGAGUGCUUGGUGUGUGCAUGAGGGAGUGAGAGAGAAAACGUGGUCACGGAGAAGCCUAGCAUUUUAGCUAGUUUGCGAGUGUGAAUGUGUGAAUGAAGUGUUAUACAGGCUCCAAUAUUUAGUAUUAUUUAUUUUUGUAUGUAGUCAAGUUUGCCACAAACGGACAAGGUGCAAAGACACUAUUUGAUAAAGGCAGCUGGCUGAAUUAGUGAUUGGGAGACUAGUUUUGAAAAUGUCCUUGAGCAGUCAGAAGACCACCAGUCAGGCAAUUCCGACCACCAGACGAGUCACAAUCAACGAUGCGGCCCAUAUGCCUCAUGAUUACUCUACAACACCUGGAGGGACCCUUUUUAGCACGACUCCUGGAGGCACCCGGAUCAUCUAUGACCGAAAGUUCCUACUGGACUGUCGCAGCUCCCCAUUGGCCCGCACACCACCCUGCUGCCUCCCUGACAUUCCAGGGGUGACCAGUCCUCCUUCGGUCACCAUGAAAAAUGACAAGGCCCACUCCAAACAGACUGUCAAUAAUAACAGCAUCAGCCCCCCAGCGGACAAGAGCGCAGUGGAUGAUGCCCAGUUUGAAAUGGACAUCUAACUACAACAGAGGACACAGAGGUGACAACUGUAACAAAUAUUGCUGUUAUGACAACUGUUCCCUGAGAGGAUAAAUGCACAGAAGACUUCUCCUUCCAUGUCAUCUGUCUUUUUCUCUUUCAUUUAUCUACUGUUUAAAUGAUAUUUUCUUUUCCUGUACUGAUGCUGUCAUUCAAGACGCGCACAAAGCCAUUACUUUAGAUUCUCGACAUCAGCUAACACUGUUGUGCCUGAAAGAGCCACUAUCUCAGAUGUCAGAUAGUGCAUCCCAAGCACAUCGAUGCAGCUCUGCUUCUGCCUAAGACAUGGAAGACAUCUCACAGGCCAUCAUGCGACACUGUUUGUAUGAUACAGAUUUGUGUAGUUUUACAGAAUGGUCAGUAGAGAGAGCAAGGGUUCUAUUCUUGGUGAUAUUUUUAUCAAGAAUCAUGUGGAGGAAAUCCAGAUGCCAACUCCUAUAAAUUUUGCAAACCACAAUCAGUGAGUUUGACCACUUACCAUUUGGCAUUGAUAUUUUUGUAAUGUAAAAUCUAAUUUCUGUUUAUCCUAAUGAGUAUGUUCACCUAAAGUGUCAUCCAACAGAAUGUAAAACGCCUUUUUUUUUUUUUUUUUUUUUUUUGCUGUCAAGUUCUUUAAAACUGCCCUGUUAAUUCUGAAGAGACAUUUAAGUGUAAAAAAAUAAAUAAAAAAACAAUAAACACCAGAGAAUUUA